AAGAAAGUUCAUUUUUUCAAACUUUUUUCAUUUGCUGAUCGAUAUGACGUGAUGUUAAUGAUGAUCGGGACGCUAGGUGCCAUUGGGUUCGGGAUGGCGCAACCUCUUAUGACUGUUAUAUUUGGACAACUAAUAAACUCGUUGGCAACUUCCGACAGCUCAAAUGUUACUGAUAACAUAUCAAAGGUGUGCAUCGUUUACUUGUAUUUGGCUAUAGGCAUCGGCAUUGCCUCUUUUUUUCAGGUAUCUUGUUGGAUCAUAUCGGGAGAAAGACAAUCGAUCCGCAUAAGAGGACUGUACUUGAAGGCACUAUUGGGACAAGAUGUUGAGUUCUUUGAUACCCAAACUAGUACAGGUGAAGUCAUAGAAAGAAUGUCUAGUGACCCUAUUAUCAUCAGAGAAGCUCUUGGUGAAAAGGUAGGAAAGUUUAUUCAACUUGUUACAACGUUUGUUGGAGGCUUCCUAGUAUCAUUUAUUCGAGGAUGGCGGCUUGCACUUGUAGUAUGCUUUUCUGCACCAGUGCUAGUUGUUGCUGGAGGGUGCAUGUCUUUUAUCAUCUCGGAAAUGGCGGUUCGUGCACAAGCCUCCUAUGCACAAGCUGGAAAUGUGGUUGAACAAACAGUUGGAGCCAUUAGAACUGUUGCAUCCUUCAAUGGGGAGAAGCAAGCAAUAAAAAAGUAUGACGAUAAGCUAGAAAUUGCUUAUUCUGCAACUGCUCAUCAAGGGUUGGCGUCAGGGUUAGGAACCGCUGUAUCUUUACUAGUUUCCUCUUGUAGCCAUGGGCUAGCUAUUUGGUAUGGAUCCAAACUGGUUUUGGAGAAAGGCUACAAUGGCGGAGAAGUUAUUAGCAUCAUAAUGGCCAUGAUGUUCGGGGCAUUUUCACUAGGCCAGACUUCCCCAUGUCUAUCUGCAUUUGCACAAGGGAGAGCUGCAGCUUACACUAUGUUUGAGACUAUCAACCGUAAACCAAAAAUUUAUGCGUACGAUGAAGAUGGAAUCAUACUGGAAGAUAUAAAAGGUGAAAUCGAGCUCAAAGAUGUCUACUUUAGGUACCCUGCGCGCCCCCAUAUCCAGAUCUUAUCGGGUUUUUCUCUGCACAUUCCAAGUGGUAUGACUGCAGCCUUAGUAGGUCAAAGCGGAAACGGGAAGUCAACCGUCAUAAGUUUGCUGGAACGAUUCUAUGAUCCUGAAACCGGAGAAGUGCUUAUAGAUGGUGUUAACUUGAAAAAGAUGCAACUAAAAUGGAUAAGAUCAAAAAUGGCAUUAGUUAGUCAGGAACCUGUGUUGUUUACAACUACCAUAAGGGAAAACAUAAUGUAUGGAAAGGAAAAUGCUACCGAUGAGGAGAUUGAAGCGGCUAUCCACCUUGCCCGUGCUUCGGAUUUCAUCAACAAACUACCUCGAAGGCUUGAUACGAUGGUGGGUGAGCGUGGGACUCAGCUAUCUGGUGGCCAAAAGCAGAGAAUAGCAAUAGCAAGAGCUAUUCUGAAAAACCCAAGAAUCCUCCUUUUAGAUGAAGCAACAAGUGCAUUGGAUGCUGAAUCUGAGCGUUUAGUACAAAAUGCGCUCGACACAGUCAUGGCCUCUCGGACGACUGUGGUCAUCGCACAUCGUUUGUCUACCAUUCGAAAUGCUGAGCUUAUAGCUGUGGUUCAUGCUGGUAAGCUGCUCGAAAAAGGUAAUCAUGAAGAGUUGAUAAAAGUUCCUGCUGGGGCUUAUGCUCAGCUUGUCCAAAUGCAAUCGGGCAAAAAUCAUCAAGCAGAAGAAGAACAACAGGUUGUCGUAGACAUAGAACUAGAAGAUAUCGAACAAAGUUCAUGCGAUGGAUCUUCAGUUAAAACAUCUCCAGCCAAUCGAGAACGUAAGGAGGAGACGACUGGACCUAAGAGAGUAAAAAACAUUCCUAUCAAACGGAUAGCGUAUCUAAACAAGCCUGAACUGCUUGUUUUGUUCCUUGGAUCUAUUGCUGCAGUUGCGCACGGUGUGCUUUUCCCUAUCCAUGGGUUGAUAAUGUCAUCCUCCAUAAAGAUCUUUUAUGAGCCUCCAAACAAGCUUCGUAAAGGUUCGAGCUUUUGGGCACUGAUGUUCGUCGGUCUGGGCUUUUGUUCCUUGUUAUUUGUGCCGCUGCAGAACUGUUUUUUUGGAGUUGCGGGAGGUAAACUGAUUCAAAGAAUCCGCUCAUUGUCAUUCCGAAAGAUUGUCCACCAGGAAAUGAGUUGGUUUGACAAACCCGAACAUUCAAGCGGUGCAGUUGGUGCAAGGCUAGCAACAGAUGCGUCAACGAUGAGGAGUAUUCUUGGCGAUGCUUUGGCACUAGUUGUACAAAAUGUAGCCAUGAUUGCAGCUGGCCUCGUGAUAGCUUUCACCGCUAACUGGAUUCUUGCGCUUGUAAUACUAGUUUUGUUGCCUUUGCUUAGCUUGCAAGGAUAUAUUCAGCUCAAGUUUUACAAAAGCAUCAGUGCCGGUGCCAAGGCGAUGUAUGAAGACGCCAGCCAAGUUGCAAGUGAUGCCGUUGGAAACAUUAGAACCAUUUCCUCCUUUGGUGCUGAAGAGAAGGUGAUAAAUCUGUACCAAAAGAAAUGCGAGCAACCAAUAAAACAAGCAGUUAAAAGCGGGAUUGUAAAUGGUGCGGGUUUCGGGCUCAGUUCUUUCGUACUCUACUCCUCAACUUCAAUCUUUUUCUACAUUGGAUCCAUUCUUCAGCAACAUGGAAGAAUAACCUUUAAUGAAAUUUUCAGGGUUUUCUUUUCUUUGUCAACACUAUCAUCGGGUUUAUCUCAAUCAGCCACACUGUUUUCCGAUUUGAACAAAGCUCAGGAAUCAAUUAUCUCCAUUUUUGAGAUUCUCGACAGUAAGCCCGAGAUUGAUUCGAGCAUUGAAAGUGGCACAACAUUGGAUCAGGUAAUGGGUAAUGUUGAGCUUCAACAUGUGAGUUUCAAGUAUCCAACAAGGCCAUAUAUUCAAGUUUUCAAGGAUUUGUCUUUGACAAUACCAUCUGGAAAGACUGUGGCUCUCGUUGGAGAGAGUGGAAGUGGGAAGUCGACAAUCAUAGGUCUACUUGAACGAUUCUAUAACCCAUGCUCGGGCCAUAUCUACCUGGAUGGCAUGGACAUCCAAAAGUUUAAAAUAAGUUGGCUAAGGCAACAACUUGGUCUAGUAAGCCAAGAGCCUAUACUAUUCAAUGAGACGAUCCGAGCUAACAUAGCUUACGGAAAGCAAGGAGGUGCAACAGAGGAAGAAAUAAUCAAAGCCGCAAAAGCAUCAAACUCCCACAAUUUUAUAUCAGCGUUGCCUCAUGGUUAUGACACCACUGUCGGGGGAAGAGGUGAGCAAAUGUCUGGUGGGCAAAAACAACGUAUAGCGAUUGCAAGGGCGGUACUGAAAGACCCGAAAAUCCUUUUGCUAGAUGAAGCCACAAGUGCCUUGGAUGCAGAAUCAGAGCACAUAGUUCAAGAUGCAUUAGAUACAGUGAUGAUUGGAAGGACAACCAUUGUGGUAGCUCAUAAAUUAUCCACCAUUAAAGGGGCUGAUAUAAUUGCAGUUAUGAAGAAUGGUGUGAUUGCUGAGAAGGGCAGGCAUGAUGAGCUUCUGAACCUAAGUGGUGGAGUUUAUGCAACUCUAGCUGCUCUUCAAACAACUUCUAUCUAA